CUUACAUCAUCUUCAACAUGAAGAUAGCUACAGUGCCAAUGCUUCUGACCCUGGCUCUUUGCCUCAUACAAGAUGCUGCCAGUGAAGGUGAAAAUCAGGAAACAUGCAAUGAAUAUAGGGCACUGAUGAAAAAUGGAAAACUGUUCUGUUCCCAAGAUAAAAACCUUUUUCAAAGCCCUGAUGGAAUAGUGUUCAUCAACAAAUGUGCCACAUGCAAAAUGAUAUUAGAAAAAGAAGCAAAAUCCCAGAGAAGGGCCAGGCAUUUAGCAAGAGCCACCAGGGCUACUGCCCCAGCAAAGUUGAAUUGCAAUGAUUUCAAGCCAGGAAAAAGGGAUGAGCAUUUUCUAUGUACCCUUGAUUAUACACCUGUUUGUGGCACAGAUGGGAAAACAUACAGCAACAGAUGUGCACUAUGUGCUAGGAACGCUAAAACCAGAUCUCAAGUUGGCAUAAAAAGUGAAGGAGAAUGUAAGAACAGUAAUCCAGAGCAGGAUCUAUGUAGUGAUUUUCGGCCUUAUGCGAAGAAUGGAAGACUUGGAUGCACAAAGGAAAAUGAACCAGUUCUUGGUCCUGAUGGAAGGACACACAACAAUAAGUGUGUGAUGUGUGCUGAGCUAUUCUUAAAAGAAGCUGAAGAAAAUGCCAAGCGAGGUGAAACCAGAAUUCGACGAAGUGCUGAAAAGAAUUUCUGCAAGGAAUAUGAAAACCACGUGAGGAAUGGAAAACUUUUUUGUACACGGGAGAGAGAGCCAGUCCGUGGCCCUGACGGCAGGAUGCAUGGCAACAAAUGUGCCCUGUGUGCUGAAAUUCUCAAACAGCGUUUUUCAGAAGAAGAAAAUAAAGCAGAUGAACACCUGAGAAAGGCUAAAGAAAAAGUUAAAAGAGAAACUGAGAAACUCUGCAGUGAAUAUCAGGAUCAUGCAAAGAAUGGAAUACCUUUCUGUACCACAGAAAAUGACCCUAUUCGUGGCCCAGAUGGGAAAAUGCAUGGCAACUUGUGUUCCAUGUGUCAAGACUUCUACCAAGCAGAAGCUGAAGAAAAGAAAAAGGCUGAAGCAAAAGCAAGAAGUAAAAGAGAACCUGGAAAAGCACGCUCAUAUGCAAAGCUGUGCAGUGAAUACCGCAAGUUUGUGAGAAAUGGAAAACUCUUUUGCACCAGAGAGAAUGACCCCAUCCAGGGCCCAGAUGGGAAGAUACAUGGCAACACCUGCUCCAUGUGUGCGGCUUUCUUCCAAGCAGAAGAAAAAGAAAAGAAAAAGAAGGAAGGUGAAUCUAAAAAUAAAAGGCAAUCUGAGAAUACAUCUUCCUUUGAGGAGAUGUGCAGGAUAUACCGCAAAUCCAGGAAGAAUGGACAGCUUUUUUGCACUAGAGAGAAUGACCCCAUCCAGGGCCCAGAUGGGAAGAUGCAUGGCAACAUCUGCUUCAUGUGUGAGGCUCUCUUUCAACAAGAAGAAAGAGCAAGAGCAAAGGCUAAAAGAGAAACUGCAAAGGAGCUGUGCAGUGAAUACCGUAACUAUGUGAGGAACGGACAUCUUCCCUGCACCAGAGAGAAUGACCCCAUCCAGGGCCCAGAUGGGAAAAUCCAUGGCAACACCUGCUCCAUGUGUGAGGCCUUCUUCCAGCAAGAAGCAAAAGAAAAAGAAGCUGAAUCCAGAAGAGCUAAGAGAGAAGCUGAAAAGGAUACAUGCAGUGAAUUUCGGAGCCUUCUGAAAAAUGGAAGUCUUUUCUGCACUCGAGAAAAUGAUCCUGUGCGUGGCCCAGAUGGCAAGACCCAUGGCAACAAGUGCUCCAUGUGCAAAGAAGUCCUCCAGAAAGAAGAUGAAGAAAGAAAGAGAAAAGAAAAGAAACAUCAGAGAAACACUGCAGAGCAUGGUUCCAAACAUUUCGCAAAAGGGAAAGCUCAGGACCAAUGUGCUGAGUAUUGGGAACAAAUGAAAAAUGGAAAACUCAGCUGUACUCGGGAGCGUGAUCCUGUACGCGAUGAAAAUGGCAAACCAUACAACAAUAAGUGUACCAUGUGUAAAGAGAAACUGCAAAGAGAAGCAGAGGAAAAAAAUAAGACUUCUGGCUACAGAUCAAAUGGGAAUGAAUCAGCAUUAGGAAAGGAUAUAUGUGAUGAGUUUAGAAGUCAAAUGAAAAAUGGACAACUUACUUGCACCCGAGAAAGUGACCCUGUCCAGGGUCCAGAUGGCAAGACAUAUAGCAACAAGUGUGCUAUGUGUAAGGAAAAACUGGGAAGGGAAGCAGCCGAAAGAAAAACGAAAGCGCAGGUCUACGUGAGAAACACAGCCGAAAAGAACAAUGGAAAAGAGGAUCAGUGUCGUGAAUUCUGGAACAUGGUGAGAGACGGAAAGCUUAUCUGCAACAGAAAAAUCGACCCGGUUCAAGAUCCAUAUGGCAAGAUGCACAUCAACAAGUGUGCUAUGUGUCAGAGCAUCUUUGAGCAAGAAGCUAGUGAAAGAGAAAAGAAUAAAGAAGAAAAAUCAAGUGUCAAGCCCUCAAAUGAUGUAAAGGACCAGUGCAGAGAGGCGGAGGAUGGAAAGUUUAGACAGUCUGGGCGUAUCUUGGCCUCCAUUGCCGGGAUAAGUGUAGAUGAGUGCUGUAACUUUCGGGAGUAUGUGAGGAAUGACGAGCUCAUGCGUACUCGAGAGAAUGACCCUGUGCGUGGUACUGAUGGAAAGUUAUAUAAAAGCAAGUGCUGCAUGUGCAGAAUUAUCCUUCAAAAAGAAGCUUUGGAAAGGACAAGAAUUCGAGAAAAGCCAUCCCACGUUAGAUCUUCUGAAGAGGAAGACAGCCCAGAUUCCUCCAUUUCUUCUCUGAACUCUGAGAUGUGCAGACCGUACCGAGUAUUACCCAGGAUGGGUUACCUUUGUCCAAAGAAUUUACAGCCUGUCUGUGGUGAUGAUGGCCAGACAUACAACAAUCCUUGCAGGCUCUGUCACGAAAAUCUAAUACGCCAAACUAAUACACGCAUACGCAGUGAAGGAAGGUGUGAGGAGAAGAGCAACCCAGAAACAACAGCUCUCAGAGUGCCAGCAUCUGUCAAAUGAUGAAAGAGUUGGUGAAAGCCAUGAGGGAAAAUGUGUAUCCCAAUUCUGAAUCGCCUACCUUCACCAUCUGUAUAUACAAAGAAUUCUUCAGAGCUCAUCUUAUUUACUAUAGAAAACAAUACAGAACUGUUGGGGGAAUGGACUCACUGACUUUCAGUCUUUUCCAUCUCUUUCCUCCUAGAUUCUGUGAUCUGAGGGCAC